AUGGAAUUUUCGCAGGAGGAUUUGGAUGAGGAGGACCUGGCCAUACUGCGCGAGGUCGCCUCCAAGGGUUACUACCACAACCGCCCCAAGAGCGGCUCCGGCGGCAGCUUCUGCCCCCAGAAGUUGGAGACUGCUGCCGCGGCGGCGGAAGUCGUUGCCGAGGGCGUCGUCGCGGGCGGGCGGAAGGCCUUCGAUGCCUUCCAGGCGAAAUGGGACCGCUUCGACGACGACGCCUUCGUGGAGGCUGUGGCCGAGGCUGCACCCCCGGCGCCGAGCGAGCGCCUGGCGAGCGCUCCGCGCCCGGCGGCGCCGCCGCGCCCGGCCGCGGAGUUUAAGGUCUUGGUGCUGGGCGCCAAGGGGGUGGGCAAGAGCGCCCUGCUGCUGCGGCACCUCACGGGGGAGUUCCUGCAGCGCGCCUUCUGGGCGGAGGUGGUGCCUUUGAAAUUCAGCACCACCUGCGGCACACUGGUCUUCAACAUGUGGGAGCUUGACGGCGCGGAGCGGGGCUUCAGCCAGGGCCAGGCGGCGGUGCUGGUCUUCGACGUGAACAGCCGCAGUAGCUGGCGCCAGGUGCCCGGCUACCUGCAGCAGCUGCGGCAGAACUGCGGGCCGGUGCCAACCGUGCUUGUGGGCAACAAGGCGGACAAGCCGCCCAGCGAGGCCCUGAAAGCCGCGCGCCGGGCCUUUCAGCAGCGCGAGAGGCUCCAGUUCUACGAGGUGAGCGCCAAGGAGCCGAGGGCGGUGGAGCGGCCCUUCCUGUGGCUGGCGCGGCGCCUGGUGAACGCGGGCCUGGACUUCGCGCCGGACACGGCGGCGUUGCCACAAUUGGACCUGAAGAGGGAGUUGUUUCAGCAGCACGCCGCAGACGUGGCGAGAGCGGCCAAAGUGCCCGUGGGUGGAGCAAGGCAGUGCGCCAAGCUGGGGGCCUUAGACCUGGCGCCCCGCACGGCUGGGAAGCUGCGACUCGCCAAGGAGCAGGGCUCCAGCGCGGAGGAAGAGAUCCUGCAGCUGCAGCAGGUGUCAGAUGCAGCCGGCUCGGCGAGCCGAGCCGCCUCGCGCCCCGAAGAGUUGACGAAGGUGGGGGCCUAG